UUAAUGAGAUCCUUGGAGGGUGAACCAAUCUAAUAAAAACUUCCCACCGACUCAAACAGUUCACUUUCUGAAUUUUAAGUUGAACACACACCAUGUGCAUUUCAAGGUCAGGUAUCUUUGAAUGAAUAAGACACUCCAGUACAGGUUAGAUGUUCGUGUUAUUGUUAUAGUGAGACUUUAAAAAUAUAUAUAUUAUUCAUGUAAACCGGUUAUGGAAUCUGCCAGUUUUAUUAUUGAGCAUUUAUUUUAGACAUUAAUGGAUGAUGAGUUAAAUGUUACAUAUAUAACUCUUGGUGGGCAUGUAGAAGUUAACACAUACAGAUAUCUUUAUUUUUUGAUUAUGUUCACAGUAUAUAUUCUAAUAAUCUGCUGUAAUUCUACUAUUGUGUACCUGGUCUGGAAACACAAAAACCUCCAUGAGCCUAUGUACAUUUUCAUUGCAGCUUUGUUACUGAAUUCUAUUGUUCUCAGCACUGCUAUCUACCCAAAGUUGUUAAUUGACUUUUUAUCCAAAAAACAGAUCAUAUCUUAUUCAGCCUGUCUCUUUCAAUUUUUUAUAUAUUACUCUAUAGGCAGCUCAGAAUUCUUACUGUUGGCAGCCAUGGCCUAUGACAGGUAUGUGUCUAUAUGUAAACCUCUGCAAUAUCCAACUAUCAUGAGAAAAAACACAGUGAGUAUCUUCCUGGUCUUAGCGUGGCUUCUGCCUGCUAGUCAUAUUGCAGUCCCAGCAAUACUGAGUGCUAAAACUAAACUGUGUAACUUUACUUUAAAAGGAAUAUUUUGUAACAAUGCAAUUUACAGUCUUCAAUGUGUAAGAUCAAGUGUAAUUACCAUCUAUGGUGUGGUUGCUUUAUUAGAUCUCGCAAUUCUCCCUUUGCUCUUCAUAAUUUUUACAUACACAAAGAUACUUAUUAUAUCCUAUCGAAGUUGUAGAGAAGUCAGAAAAAAAGCCGCAGAGACCUGUUUACCCCACCUGUUGGUUUUAAUCAGUUUCUCCUGUUUGAGUGCAUAUGAUAUCUUCAUAGCUCGAGUGGAAUCUAAUUUUCCAGAAACUGCACGCUUAGUAAUGAUGUUACAAAUAGUCUUGUAUCAUCCUUUGUUAAAUCCGCUCAUAUACGGGUUCAAAAUGAAAGAAAUUUGUAAACACCUUAAAAGGUUGUUCUGUACAUCCAAAAUCAUUUGAUGUAUCAACACUGAUGUACAGUCAUUUCUCAUGAAAUAAUCAUUCAGAGAUGAGAAUUUUUGAAAGGUAUUUAAUGUACGCAUUUAUUUCCACAACGAAGAGUAAAGAGACUCUUUACUUUUUGUUAUGGAAACAGCAAAGAAUGUCUUGGGCUUGAACAUUAUUAUUCGAUAUUAUCAAGUCACCCUCAAGUAACCCUAACCCACAACUUUCAUUCAGACCUUUUCACUGUAUUUGACUUUGCUGUCAUCAAUUUGCAAAUUUGAACCCUGUUUACAAGUAAUGACAUUCAUAUUAGUUUCACUGGCAAGAUUUCUUUCGCAUUUUGUUGUGCAUUAAAGAUUAUACUUUGCCAACAUGUGUACUUAACGUUUUUUUUUUUUGUGUGUGAAACAAUGAUAUGUUUGUCUUCCACUUCUGCACAUGCCGACUCAGAGAAAAUCGUUAUUUGUCACGUCAAGCUCAGACUUCAGACCCUGUUUGCUUUGAUAAACAGGGAAGGAAAGAUUGUAUAUGUGCAUAAGGGUAUGCAUGUGUGUGAAAUGACAGUUUUAUUUGCAAUAAAACAUUUUUAAAAUUUAUGAUUAG